AUGGACUUGUCGUCGAUUUUGGAUGACUCCGACUCUUCGAACAAUGAUGAACCAGACAGUUCCAUAUAUAGGAGUAUUUCUGACACUUCAAGUCGGAUGGACUUGGAGCAAAUCUUGCGCGAAGACGAGGAAGACAACGAUGAAGUUGAGCUUGAUUCGCCAAAGUCUCAACAUGGCUUUGGCGCCCUGCGCUGGAACGAACAGACGCCGCUUGGGGACGGAAGCAACUCCCACAUACUCAGCCAAAACAGUUUUGGCAGACCUUCGCAGAAUGCUGAGGAUUGGGCGCUGCUGCAGGUCAUUCUAGAUGAAGGCGAUGACGACGAGAUUAGCACGGAAGAUGACUGGCUACACACGUCGGGCUCGGGACGCGUCUCGUGUCCUACGACGGAUCGAGCAAAUGUAAAUUCAAUAAUGCAGUCGGACGAAACCAGUAUGAAUUCUGGAGACGAAAGCAGUGUGACAAUGACAUUACCGUCGAGUAUUUCUUCCACGCCACGGAUGGAUUUGCCAUCAAAUGAGUCCUUGCUUGUCAAGAAGUCACAAAGGGAUUUUCCCGAACCUGUUGAUCGUGUUUCUGGCCAUGCGGCGCUUCAACCGCUGCCUGCAACCGAUUUACUUGAGCACUUUUCCCGAAGUACAGCCCGUCGCGGCAUUUCUGGUGCUCAACCCUCAGCGUUACCCCAACCAGAUUCGACUGAGGACCAGGAGGAAGAGGAAGCUUCACGGCGGGCCUUAGAGCAUGCCAGAGCUUACGAACAAAAACUACUGAGGGCUGGCCAUCGUGAAAUUAUAUCACCUUUGAUGGUGAAAAGGCGAUUAAAGCCCAAAAUCGAGUUGUGUUCGCGCUCUGCCCGAAAAAAACGGCCACAGCUAACGGAGCGCUUCGCGUCAACUUCCACGCCGCGCUUCAACUUUUCUGGCAUCGUCGAGGAAAAAGAAAUGCUUUUAAUUGGUGCUUCUCUGGUUCAGCACACCACAGCUGGAUCAGACGAAAACUAUGGCCUGCCAACCUGUCUAGCUUUCAAUUCGAGAUUCAUAGCUAUUGGAACUCAGCUUGGAAUCGUUCUCGUGUACGAUUUCUUUGAAGUCUUGCGCCAACAGUUGGGAGGAGGCGGCUCGGAGGAUAAUUGGAAUGCACAAAAGGCCGGUGCGGUUACAAGUUUAGACCUGAGCACUAAUGGCGAUAUGAUUAUCUCUGGAUAUACGAGUGGGUGUGUUGUCUUAUGGGAUGCGAUAAAAGGGACUGUGCUGCGCAGCAUCCACGAUAUACACCCAUCGCCAAUCACUACUGUUCGCUUUGUUGCGAAUCUCAAGGCCGUGACAGUAGACGCUGGCGGACUUGUUAACAAAGUGGCUUUUGUCAAAAAUAUUCUCUGGUCGACGUAUUCGACGGAUAUAGAUUGUUUGCUGGAUGGGACGGCAGGGCAAAUUUUAUCGAUGAAUGUGUUACCGCCAUAUGCAAUGGUAAAUCCUCAGCUGCGGCCGGAGAAUCUGGCGUCAGUCUUACGUGGGAUGAACUUGAUAGCACUUUCAUCGGAACGGAGCUCAUUCGUCGUCGCUGUCGACCCCACUGUCAACGUUCUUCACCGUUGGGCCAGACCGCCGCAGGAAGACUUGAAUGAAAGCAAGGUAGACGAUCACGAACGUGAAGUGCAUGCGCACAUGCCUUGCUUGGCAUGGGGAUGGGCGCUUACUUCUGGUGGCGGCAACUUAGUUAUGCCAGUUUUGGCUCGAGGUUGGGGCUGUUGCCUCCAACUUUUGGGUGUCAGCUUUCCGACAGGUGACGAUACCACAAAUGUGGAGAAGGGCAAGAAUGCUCCUAUUCACUGGCCAGCGUUCGGACUGCAUGACGAAAUUGACGCUAAAGCUCCAAUUCUUGCUUUAGAAUGGCUAAGUAGUCGUUCAGUCUUAUAUUUGACACUUUCGAACGAACUUCACUUGAUUGAUACUGUAAUGAUGACGUUGCUCGAACGAAUCGACGUUUCGAAUCUUCGUACGGUGUACGCCGAAUUUUCCUUGAGCCGUAACGCUUCCCAGAAAGGCGACCGCAUAGCAAGUCGCGACAACGAUCUGGAGGUUUCUGUGACAUUUCAAAACAGCGUUCGUUGCAGCCAUGACCGGCUUAUGAUUCUUUGUCAAGAACAGCUGAAAUGCAUAUCCAUUGUUGGUGCACGCCGUCGUAUUUCUUGCUUGGAAGCGGAUGGCGAAUGGCUUGAAGCACUCGCGCUCACAUUAGACCAUUAUGAGAGCACUGUAAUCAGUCAAGAAGACCGUCAGCGAAAUCCAAAUCAAGCGAAAGAUUUUGCGAGCCGUCGUAACUUUGUCUUCACAAAAGGUGAAGAUCAUGAAUGGAUUGCAAAACUUCUGAUGCGGUACUUGAAUCUUGCUGUGGAGAAUGCACCAGAUUCCAGUGCCAAUCAACCAUGGUCUCCAGGAUCAAUAGAUGCUAGAAUUGAUUUGGCCCAAAGUCAUUUCCAGAUGCUUGCAGGUGUCUGCGUGGAUUUUUGCGUGGUUACAAGAAGACUAGACCUUCUCUUCGGUCCAAUCUUCAGACGUUUCCAGCACGUUGGGUACACAGAUAUCUUUCUGGAUGUUCUCGAGCCGUAUGUCCUAAAUGACAGGCUUACCUACAUUGCACCGGAAGUAAUGAAUCACUUUGUCGAGUACUGUAGAUCGCACAAUGGCAUCGCAACCGUGGAAAGAUGCCUUCUACAUAUGGACUGUACUGCUAUGGACUUCGAUACAAUCAUUUCUUUGCUAAUGGUCAACGAAAUGUUUACUGCUCUCUUCUUUGUUUUCAAUCAAGGUUUAAACGACUUCGUUACUCCGCUUCAAAUGUUGUUCGAGAAAUUGUUUGAGGAAGCUGAUACGGGCAAGGCCCUACUCAGUCGUCGGCGAAAUGGUACUCCGCAGAACCGUUUUGAACGAUAUGGCUAUAAAGCUAUAUUAUACCUACAAACAUGUUUCCGUGGCAAGACUUUCCCGGUGGAGGAAUCUAUUGUGCCAGACGAGCGACGGGGGUCUUUGAAACGUGAGCUUUUGGAGCUUUUGAUGCGAAAAGAUUACAAUCCAUCGCCACACUCCAUGCAUUCGGGUGAAAACAAUGUUGUCAUCGGGCAACGUGCUCAACUGUAUCCUUACAUGAAAAUUUUCUUACAAGUCGACCCAAGGGCAGCCCUAGACUCCCUGUCCCUUGCAUUUGGCUACGCUGAACAUUUACUUACUGUUCGACCUUUGCCUUGGGAUAAUACAGUUGGUAUCACUGGACAUUGCUGUUCAGAAAAACUUCAAGCAGUUAUGGAUGCUUUGGCACAUAUCACUCUACCGCAGUUUUCAGACUUUACAGAUAAUGUUCCUUUGGUUCGACCACAGAGUGCAAUGAAAAUAUUUCUGGAUUUUGUUUCCGUUUAUAUGAUUGCAGGAUCUGUACAAAUGGACAACGAGAUAACAUUUAUGGUCUUAAGUCGCAUGUGCGAUAAAUAUGUGGAAGCAAAUGACGCUGUGCAUCGGCAGCGUGCGCAAAAAGAUGUGAUGGAUCUCCUAGGAGCUUUACCGAGUGAAGCGUACGAUCCAGAUCGUGUGUUGUUGCUCAUUGACAACAGCGGUAUUCACAGAGCUGCGUUACUUCUGCACCAACAAGUCGCAUCGUCCUGGAAACCGGACGCACUUGAUCUGCAAUUAAGGUGCCUCCACUUUCAAAGCGCGAUCGACUGCUAUCUCGAAGACGAGGACUUCGAAUUUCGUAAGGACGUCUUUGCUUACGUUAAAAAAGAAUGUUCUGGAUCUCUUAAUAGCUCACGUACGCCGGAGGAGGAAGAUCCGAUAACUUUACGAAAUGCACUUCGUACGAAACUCUCCGACCUCAUCCGUCUUGACGCGACAUUGACUGUACAACUUGUGGUGGAGCUCUUUUCUGAUGAAUUUGAUUCUGUAGUUUCAUCUCUAGAAGGUGUGGGAGAGGCGCAAUUUCUGCUUCUCCACACAAUCAUUUCAGGCAAUCUCUCAGAUUCUGACCCAGCGGCCUGUUCUGUUCUGAAUUUGACGGUCGAGCAUCACCACAUGUACCUGAAACUGAUGGCAAGCGUUCAUCCGGAACUCGUGUACGAGUACCUGUCAACUCAUGACAGCUAUCGAACUGCCGAUGCAUUAAAACUUUGUCAAGACUGUAAUAUUGCCGAUGCAUCAGCCUACCUCUUGGAGCGAAUGGGUAAUGUUUCGAGCGCUCUUCAAUUGAUAUUACAGACGCUAGAGAGCCGUAUGAUGGGCUUGAAACGGGCAAUCCGUGGAAUGGGCGGAGAUGCAUUCCGAAAUAGGUCGGUGUCUGCUUCUGCCUUCGGGAAAAGUGGACGUUCUUCCUCCUUUGAGACUUUGAUGACGCAAAGGAAGGAUACGGAGAGCGUAAAACGCAUACUCAUCGUGGCGCUCGAUGUUUGUGAAAGGAAUUCGGGGACCGCCAUAUCUCGAAGUGAACAUGGAUCGCAAUUGUGGUUCAAUGUUCUCGACCGUCUUAUUAACGCCAAAGGCUUUCUACGGCUUUCAAGAGAGCAACCAGAACAUGCCUGUGUCAUGGCCGUUGUUCUUAGCGACCUUCUUCGCGUGACGAUGCAAAGAAUGGUGUCAAGUGUUCCUUUAUCGGAUCUGGUCCGUAAAGUUACUUCCGAUAGUUCCGGGAGUCAACUUGGUGAGUUACGUGAAAUGCUUGAUAUUCUCCUUGGAACGUAUAGCUUCGAGCUGGAUUUGUUCAAGAGUGCCACCAGAGUUGGGCGAUUUGAUAUCAUCCGAAUUGAGCGAGAACGCAAUCACCUGCAGCAACAAGGAUCCGCGGUUGAUUCAGUGACAAACAUCGUUCUCGAACAACAGUCGGCUGCACAGUUGACUUCUCUUUUCCACAAUACGGAACGACGGGACGGUUUGCUUAACAUUCAUUCAAACGGGCACUCCAAUUUCAUGGACGGGUCUUUGUUACCUUACUCGCAACGAGCUGCCAGCGGACUAGGCUCGGCCUUGACCAAACUUCGCUCUCGUCGUGGCAAUUUCGAUACGUCGAAGUCAUCACGAUUGCCGAAUAUAAGUAUGAUUCGUUCAACAGAGCGCAACGUGUCAAACGGAAGAUUUGAGCAGGUUUCCUACGGAGAGCGGCUUGUUGGUCUUUUAGGUGAGCCGGAGCAUCGAGGACGCUUGAUAUCUUUCGAAAACAAGGAGUCCCGUUUCAAACUUUAA